AUGGCACCCAAAGCUGAGAAGAAGCCAGCCGAGAAGAAACCGGCGGAGGAGAAGAAGACCAUGGUGGCUGAGAAGGCUCCGGCGGCGGAGAAGAAGCCCAAAGCCGGGAAGAAGCUGCCCAAAGACGGUGGUGCAGCGGCUGCCGGAGAUAAGAAAAAGAAGAGGGUGAAGAGGAGCUCUGAGACAUACAAGAUGUACAUCUUCAAGGUUCUGAAGCAAGUCCACCCUGACAUUGGGGUUUCGAGCAAGGCCAUGGUGAUUAUGAACAGCUUCAUCAAUGACAUUUUCGAGAAGCUUGCUCAGGAGUCUUCGAAACUCGCGAGGUAUAACAAGAAACCCACGAUUACUUCUAGGGAGAUUCAGACUGCAGUGAGGUUGGUUUUGCCUGGUGAGUUGGCUAAACAUGCUGUUUCUGAGGGAACUAAGGCCGUCACCAAGUUUACUAGUUCUUAG